CUUCCAAUCAUCAGCUCAUCAGCCGUCCCGGAUUGGGUUCUUUCUCACUGAGCAAGGUUCUAGAGUACAAGCUAAAAUGCUCCAAAACAAACAUCACAUGCCCCCUCCACUUCUCAUGCACAACAUUCUCUCAUCCGAUAAACGGCAGACGUUGUACCUUGCCUCCGUCACUUCUCACAUUUCCCCCUCCGCAUUUCGAUCCGGCACGCGAAAGCAUAAAGUAUAGGCGACCCAACAGUCUGGCACCCUAGCACACACCCCCUCUCGUUCCGAAAAGAAUGACGCAUGCUGCCGGAUUGCUUCCCGACCAACCCCUUUGCCGUUUAGUUGUUCGGGACCAUAUCAUAGCUGGCCACAUGGCCAACUGCUGAGCAAAAUAAGAGACCGGGUAUGUGACUACCCGCCCGGGUGUCUUGUUCAUGUUUUCUGUCAAAGAAGCGAUGUUCGGGGAGGGCAGCCACAAAGUCGGGAUGUUUGGUGCUUCGGUAAACCAAGAGGGAUUAGACCCCGGCAUUCGGCAUGGAGCGUCCCUGGUCUAUGAAAAUCUGCCGAUAUGUCGUGCCAACAACGGCAGGACUCUCCUUGGCUGGCAAGAACUGAGAUUGCGCCGGUCCUAGCUGUACCACCUUCACCGGCUGCAUGUAGGCUCGCAUCAUUGCCACCCUUACAUACCUAGCCCGACUCGUGUUUUUGAGGUGCUACGGCGCUGACAAGACGAUGUUGGGCAGCGAGAGCCGUGGCAUGACAGGGAACUUGUUACACAUGCAGAGACUGGGUUGUGUUGGCAGCCAGAGAAGGCAUGACAUUGACAUAUGCGACCUGCAUCGGAGGGAUUUCCCGCCUGUCUCCUCCUGCCCCGGGGUAAACCGUAGGGGGUGAGUGACAUAUGCAGGGAACUCGUGACGGAUGCUGUCAUGAAGUGGAAAGUUAUUGGUGGACGGGAGGCUGGGUCCUGUUAUGGCUUUUGGGUGAGAGAAAACCAGGAGAAGGCGAGCUGCAGAGGUUGCGGGAAGGGAGCUCGGGUGGAUAUGGAUACAGGAUCGGACUCGAGGGGAGUAGUGGUGGGUGAUACCCGUCAUGGAGGUUCGUUUGUCGGAAGCGGACUUGAUGAUAUUGUGAACUGUGACGGGAGAUUAGUUAGGGGAGUUGGAGAUGCUAGUGGUAUGACAUAGAGACGGGAAAGAUAUCAACAUAUAAGACUGCCGGCUUGAACCACUGAGAGAUCUCUCAAGUUAGACAGCAUCACUUCGAAACAUACACAUCUACUGAAAUAAAACAAGAAAAAUGGGUCAACUACUCUCCACUUCGUCUUCUUCGAGACGCUCCCACCUUCUCCCAUCUCCAGCUUCCAAGGCUCCCCUUGGUAAAACUGAAGCCGACAUUCUCCUGUCAGACUCAUCCUCCGAACUCUCACACCCCUUUCCCACCGAAAAGAACAACGACAAUGCUACCAAUACCCAAACUCCCACUCUCCUCCCCCUCCUCAAAAAAGCCAAAGGCCAUUACUACUACCCCGUCUCCGGCCCCAAGAUUCUCGACGCCUGCGGCGGCGCCGGCGUGGCCUGCCUCGGCCACGGCAAAUCCAACAAAUCCGUCAUCAAAGCCAUCACCACCCAGCUCAACACGGUCCAAUACGCCUCCUACGCCCACUUCCGCGUCGACCCCGUGCUCCAACUUGAAAAGUUCCUCUGUGAAAGCACCGACGGUAAAAUGGGAAAGAUGUAUCUCAUGUCCUCUGGCUCAGAAGCAGUCGAAGCCGCCUUAAAAUUUGCCCUCGAAUACCACGCCUGGAACGGUCAGCCGGAGAGGGUAAACAUCAUCUCCCGCUCUCACUCUUACCACGGAACGACAAUAGGGUCGUUAUCCGCCUCAGGACACACCACCCGGCGACAACCCUUCACCUCAGUCCUCAACCGGACAAACUUCCACCACCUCCCCCCCUGCAACCCCUACCGCAGCCCCCUCCCGGGGGAAGAAUACCUCUCCUCCCUCCUCACCUCCCUUGAGUCCCUAAUCACCACCCUCUCCCCCUCGACAAUCGCAGCCCUAAUCCUCGAACCCAUCGUCGGCGCUGCCCUCGGCUGUGUCCCCCCUUUACCUGGUUACCUCUCCGGUAUAAAAUCUUUCUGCCACACCCACGGCAUCCUCCUGAUCUACGACGAGGUGAUGUGCGGAAUGGGCCGGACAGCCACCUCCCCUUCCCAUCAUCUCCACGCGUAUCAAUCCUUCCCUGAACCCGACAUCUCCCCCGACAUGAUGACAAUAGCAAAGUCCUUCUCCGCCUCUUACCUGCCCGCCUCGGCGCUUUUGAUCUCCACCCCCCUGUCCAACUUCCUGACCACCCACAAUAAAGUUUUUACUCACGGGCACACAAACCAAUCCCACCCCGUCGUCGCCUCCGCCUGCCUCGCCGUCCAAGGCACAAUCCAAUCCCGCAACCUCCUCUCCAACGUCGCCGCCCAGGGGGGGUUGCUCCUCCACCUACUGCAGAAACAGCUAAGCCAGCACCCAAACGUGGGGGAUAUAAGGGGCAGGGGGUUGUUUGUAGGGAUAGAGUUCAUAGCCGACAAGACAACAAAACAGCCGUUUGAGCGAGAACUCGAUAUUGCGGGCAGGGUGCACAAAACCGCACUAAAGAAUUGGCAGGUCCUGGUUUAUGCCUCCCAGGGCUGCGCCGAUGAUCAAGGGAGGGGGGACGUCAUCAUGGUCAUGCCGGCGUAUGAUGUCACUGCCAAAGAAAUAAGAGAGAUGGUGAGGAGGAUCGCGGGGGCGGUGCGCGAGGUUUUUGAUAGUUUAUGGGUUGCAUAAGGGUGGUCAAGUCGAAGGGAAAGGUCUCUGUUCGAGUUGGGAAAGGCUUUUCGAUUUGGGUUGGGGAAAGCUUUGGGCUGGGUU